UUUUAUGUUUUAGAGAGAAAAAGAUGAGUUCUUUAUCAAAAUUGAAUGUUGCCCAUCACGAAUUAAAGAUUUACAUUCCAAUUAUUCCACUUUCUUUACUCACAGAUGUCUUUAAUUCAUGCAUUUUGAUAUGUUUGUUUAAUUGUUCAUUUGUUCUUUAGCUGAGCCUCUUGAGAAACGCUUCUAAAACACUACAGUAUCUUUGUCCAGAAGUCCCAAAAGAAAAAAAAAGAAAAACUUGGCAGAAAGAUUCCAAAUCUGAAACCCUUUUCUUUGUUGCUUUUUUAUUCACACUGUAACCCCCCUUGAAGCUUUACUUUGCCCUCAUUCUACUGCCUCCUUGAAGCUUUGCUUUCUUUCUUUCAUUUGAUUUUCUCUCUGUUUCUGCUUGGGAAGGGGUAACCAGGGUGUGUGAAGAUGAGGGGUCCUUUAGGGGCAGUGAUUGGGAGAUACCCUUCAAGUGAUGGAAAUGCCCAAAUGGGUGGAAUCAUUAGACAUAAUAGAAAAUGCAGAGAUGUUGUGUUUCUUGUGAUCUUUAUAGCUUUCUGGGUGGGGAUGAUUGUUAACUCAAGCUUUGGAUUUAACCAAGGAAACCCAUUAAGGCUAACAUAUGGACUAGACUACAAAGGAAAUGUCUGUGGUGACAAGCAUGCUAAUCCUGGCCUUCGUGAAUUGGAGCUUAAAUAUUGGUUGAAUCCUAAUCAGGUUUAUCAAAGUGGUCUGAAAGACAGUCAAUUUAAGUUGGUGGAUGCUCGGAGCAUAUGCUUGAUGGAUUGCCCAACUCCUUCAGAAGAUUCUCUAAACUGGGUUUGUGAUUAUCCAGAAGGUGAAAUACGCCUCUCAAUGGAUGAUUGGAUAGACAGGAACUACGAUUACUUUGAGUUCCUUACGCCUGAGAUGAGAAACAGCUCUGUUAACCUUCAGGGUCCUUGUUACCCUGUCAUUUUUCCUAGUGUAAAUGUUUAUUGGAGCUGCCAGUUCCUUGCUCGCCCCUCAAAUGUAUCAUUAACACAUUGGAAGCUGAUGGGUGGAAUGAACAUAGAUGCAGAUUUGAUCAUUGAUAAAUCUAUUCAUAAGUCAACCAAUGCUCGGUCAUCUGUCUUAAAGAGAUACAUGGCGGAUAUUGGGAAGUCAUGGCCAGUAUUGAUUGUUUGCGGAGGAAUUUUGCCUCUAUUUUUGGCAGUGAUUUGGUUGCUAAUGAUUCGGCAUUUUGUUGCUGCGAUGCCGUGGGUAACGGUUGUCCUAUUCAACAUUCUCAUAGUAUCAGUCACAAUGUUUUAUUACCUCAAAGCUGGAUGGAUAGGAAAUGAUGCUAUAACUCCCAUCAUUGGUGAUCAUGAUCCCUAUGUCCACAUAUUUGGAAGGGAGCUCAAUCAUAUGCGUGCUGCUGCUGUUCUAAUGACUUUUGUUAUGGCUGUCUCUGUUCUCACAUCAAUCGCUAUCAUCCGCCGAAUCAUAAUGGCAACAUCUGUCCUCAAGGUUGCUGCAAAGGUGAUUGGAGAAGUUCAAGCACUCAUAAUCUUUCCAAUCAUACCUUAUGCCAUCCUUGCAAUUUUUUAUAUGUUAUGGUUGUCAGCUGCCCUUCAUCUCUUCAGCUCUGGUCAGGUUGUCCAGAAUAACUGCAACUCAAACUGCUGUGCCUAUGAUCUUGCUUCAAAACGGGUGAACUGUGACCGCUGCUGUGGUUAUAGCAUCCGUUAUACUCCUCAUAUCGACAUUUCCAUAUUUUUCCACCUAUUUGGUUGUUAUUGGGCUACUCAAUUUUUUGUAGCAUGCUCUUCAACAGUCAUUGCAGGUUCAGUAGCCUCCUAUUAUUGGGCUCGUGGUGAAACUUCGCCCGAAAUUCCAUUUCUUCCAGUUUUCUCCUCGAUGAAACGGCUAGCAAGAUAUAAUCUUGGAUCCAUGGCUCUCGGUUCCUUGACUGUGUCCUUUAUGGAAUCAAUUCGUUUCAUACUUGAGUCUAUUCGUCGCAAAUUGAAAGUUGCAAGUACCACACCAGAUAGUCGGAUUGGCAGAGCAGCACAUAAUACAUCUCGGUUUUGCCUGAGAUGUAUAGAGUGGAUCAUCAAAUCUGUUAACCGCAAUGCAUAUAUAAUGAUUGCAAUAACUGGCAAGAGCUUUUGCAAGGCAUCCGCUAUUGCAACAGAGUUAAUAAUUAACAACAUCCUUCGGAUCGGAAGAGUGAAUGUGAUUGGAGAUGUCAUUCUGUUCCUUGGGAAACUGUGUGUCAGCCUCUCAAGUGCUCUUUUUGCUUUCCUCAUGUUGGAUACACACAAAUACAGAUCUGCUCAUAACAAGAUUUCUUCCCCAUUGUUUCCAGUCCUGGUUUGCUGGGGCCUAGGCUAUGUGGUUGCCACACUUUUCUUUGGAGUGGUGGAGAUGUCCAUUGAUACAAUAAUUCUUUCCUUCUGUCAAGAUUCUGAAGAACAUCAAGGCAUAGCUCAGUAUGCCCCUCCUCUUCUCAUGGAGACUCUCAAUGAUCAAAAUGAGUUGCAAAGACUUACACAAGGACCUCCAAGUUCAUAACCUUCAUCAUUUACUUUUCUUAUUGCCCUUUGAGAAUAUUACCAAAAUAGCCUUUACCUUCUCCUGCCGCUAUCAUCUCCAACCCUUCAUUGUUACAGUUUUUUCACUGUAAAUAAUCAAUUUCUUGGCAGUGUGGAAGUUGGGGGAAAAGUGAUAGAGAAGAGGCAGAUAGGGAAUACCCUUAGGCCCUUUUUUCCUUUUUUAGGGGGUAGAUUACUAUUUUUGUUACUUGUUAGUGAGAAACUUUGGACAUGGUAUUCUCCAAUUAUUUGCAAUGACAUUAGUUAAUAUUAUGUGGGGUUCUUUA